AUGGAAACUAACUCGGUUUCCAAGCUUCUAAUACUUCUCUUCAUGGCCUUGUUUGUGGGUUGUGAGCUGAUUCAUUGCAGUGUCACGUAUGAUAGAAAAGCCAUUGUCAUCAAUGGCCAAAGGAGAAUCCUCAUCUCUGGCUCCAUUCACUACCCCAGAAGCACCCCUGAAAUGUGGGAGGAUCUAAUUCAGAAAGCCAAACAUGGAGGCCUAGAUGUUAUCGACACUUAUGUUUUCUGGAAUGUUCAUGAACCAUCUCCUCGCAAUUACAAUUUUGAAGGAAGAUACGAUCUCGUACGGUUCAUUAAGACAGUGCAGAAAGUGGGGCUUUAUGUCCAUCUUCGCAUUGGACCUUAUGUAUGCGCUGAGUGGAACUUUGGAGGAUUUCCUGUUUGGUUGAAGUAUGUUCCUGGCAUCAGCUUCAGAACAGAUAAUGGCCCUUUCAAGGUGGCAAUGCAAGGUUUUACUCAGAAAAUUGUUCAGAUGAUGAAGAGUGAAAAGCUAUUUCAAUCUCAGGGUGGUCCAAUCAUUCUUUCUCAGAUUGAGAAUGAGUAUGGACCAGAAAGAAAGGCACUGGGAGCUGCUGGUCAUGCAUACAUGAACUGGGCUGCAAAAAUGGCUGUUGGAUUGGGUACUGGAGUACCAUGGGUGAUGUGCAAGGAAGAUGAUGCUCCAGAUCCUGUGAUAAAUACAUGUAAUGGUUUUUACUGUGAUGAUUUCUCUCCAAAUAAACCAUACAAGCCUAGCCUUUGGACUGAGAAUUGGAGUGGCUGGUUUACAGAAUUUGGUGGCCCAAUUUACCAGCGACCAGUUGAGGAUCUAGCAUUUGCAGUUGCUCGUUUCAUACAGAAGGGUGGCUCAUAUAUGAAUUAUUACAUGUACCAUGGAGGAACUAAUUUUGGACGAUCAGCUGGUGGCCCAUUCAUUACUACAAGUUAUGACUAUGAUGCUCCAAUUGAUGAAUACGGUUUGAUCAGGCAACCUAAAUAUGAUCAUUUGAAGGACCUUCAUAAAGCUAUCAAGUUAUGUGAACAUGCUUUGGUUUCUUCAGAUCCUAAAGUUACAUCAAUAGGAACGUAUCAGCAGGCUCAUGUAUUCUCUUCAGGAAGCAGAACAUGUGCAGCUUUUCUAGCAAACUAUCAUUCAAAUUCUGGUGCUAGAGUGAUCUUCAAUAACAGACACUAUGACUUGCCUCCUUGGUCCAUAAGCAUCCUCCCUGAUUGUACAACAGAUGUAUUCAACACUGCAAGAGUGAGGGUUCAACCUUCACAUAUACAAAUGUUGCCUAGCCAUUCCAAGUUGUUCUCAUGGGAGACCUAUGAUGAAGACAUAUCUUCUCUUGAGGAAAGUUCCACCAUAACUGCUUCUGGACUUUUAGAACAGUUGAACACUACCAGAGACACUAGUGACUAUCUAUGGUACAUAACCAGUUUUGACAUAAGUUCAUCAGAAUCGUUUCUUCGAGGAGGAAACAAGCCUAGCAUUAGUGUGCAUUCUGAAGGAGAUGCUGUCCAUGUGUUUAUUAACGGUCAAUUUUCAGGCUCUGCUUUUGGGACAAGGGAACAAAGAAGUUGCACAUUUAAUGGCCCUGUCAACCUACGCGCUGGAACUAACAAAAUAGCACUUCUCAGCGUAGCUGUUGGAUUACCGAAUGGUGGAAUCCAUUUUGAAACAUGGAAGACAGGAAUCACAGGUCCAGUUUUGCUCCAUGGUCUUGACCACGGACAGAAAGAUUUGUCUUGGCAGAAAUGGUCAUACAAGGUUGGUUUAAAAGGAGAGGCUAUGGAUUUGGUGUCUCCCAAUGGGGUCUCAUCUGUUGACUGGGUCAAAGAAUCUCUAGCUACCAAAAGCCAGCCACAAUUGAAAUGGCACAAGGCUUAUUUCAAUGCACCGGAUGGAAAUGAACCAUUGGCUUUGGACCUGGGCAAUAUGGGAAAAGGUCAAGUAUGGAUCAAUGGACAGAGCAUAGGAAGAUAUUGGAUGGCUUAUGCAAAGGGUAACUGUAAUUCUUGCAGCUAUGCUGGGACAUUCCGGCCUUUAAAGUGCCAAAUUGGUUGUGGACAACCUACCCAACGAUGGUAUCAUGUUCCAAGGUCCUGGUUAAAACCAACAAAGAACUUGAUAGUAGUUUUUGAGGAAUUAGGUGGGAAUCCUUGGAAAAUAUCUCUGCUAAAGAGGACAGUACAUACUCCAACAGCUAGUGAACCCAUUUCAAAGAACUGAAAGAACAUGAAUAUAAGUAACCAAAUGGUGAUUGUCAUGGCAGCAUGCAGUGUAGCGUAUAGUUAUGAAGAAUAAGAAAUUGUAUGUCCACUUGGGAAGUUUGCUGGCUUCCAUUGGCAUUGGUUGAUAAUAU